AUGAACCUCGACCCAAACAGCAACCUUUAAUACCCAGUCUUGAAUUAAAAUUCUGUGGCUCCUGAUACUCAAUCACUUCUUAACCAAUAGCAAGAAAACCCUUAAAGUUAAGUCUAGAAUUAAGGUGCAGUGAGCUAGAAUCCUCAAGUGGUAUACAUAUAUCAUCCCUAAUCAUCAAUUGAAACAUCAAACCCUCCACAAUAAACUUCUGGAAUGAAGGUGAGAAACAUCUUUAAAAUAGACAGAUCUGACUGGUCUAACUUCUUUGCCUAUGAGGAUGGAGUGAUCUCCUUCUCACUUAAGGACAUCACCAUCAUUUUAAGCAUCCUAGCUGACUUUAUCUAUGCAUAUAUCGCUUGGAGAUCGUGCUCCCUAGGAUAGGUGUAAUGCGAUAGCAAAGUGUGGCCUAUGAUUAGUGACAUCCUGGCACUAAAACCCUACGAUAGACUAUUCAUCUGUCUCACAACCUUUUACACUCUCGGGAUCAUGCAAAUCAAUAUGAGAGCCUUUUUCAAGAAGCUCUACGGUAUUAUCCCUAAUAAAGUCAACGAUAGAAUCUUCAAGACUGGAAUUCCAGCCUUGUUCGCUCUCCCAAUGAUUGGCAUCUUCGAUGAGUACGACUACAGACCCAUUCAUUACGCCUCAGCUGGUACCUUCUUCGUCAGCUUCACUCUCUACUGUGUCUGGCUCUCCAACGCCCUCUAUGAUAACAUGGAUAAGUUCUCAGAGGCAGAUAAACGCAGUAUCAGAUCACUCAAGAACUAAACCUUCAUUGUGAUAGCAGCUUGCAUUGGCAUGAUCUUCAGCACCUUUUACUUCGGCACAGUAAACAGAAUUACUCCAGCCCUUGAGUGGUUCACAGCCCUAUUCGUCAUUAACUUCUUUAUGAUUAUAUCCUUAACUAAUCCAUACUACGACUCUAUUCACAUCCCUGAGAAGAAGGAUGAUGACUUCGUUGCCAGAGUUUGA